AUGGAACACCCGGACCUGGUCGCUGUGUUGUACCCAUAUCAGCAAUCUUCUGAUGCCAUCGCGGCUAUUACCGCCCCUGAGAACGCAUCGCUGCACAUUCCUGCCAUGCACCAGGCGGAACAACCGUCACUAAGUCUCCGGAGCAGAGACGCCACGCCGGAGCCAGAAGAGAACAAUUAUGAAUCUUUUAGCUACCGUAAUAAGGAUGCGUUGCGGUUGACGUUUAGCCAUCGACCAAAACAAGCAACGGGACCACCGUGUUCUAUGACGGGAAAGGAGGAGAGAAACGCCGCAACUUUACCUGGAUCCUUGUUUCGCAACGAGUUGACGGCGUCGACUGAACUGUUUUUCGGCGGCUUGGGGUUACAAAGUCGAACUCCGACGGCGCCUGUGAGUGGGGCACAAACUCCACCCCAAGACCUUAUUCUCAUCAAAAGAGGGUUCCUCGGCGCCGGCGGCUUCGGAACUGUAACUCAUCGCUGGGACGUGAGCACAGGACUUGAAUAUGCAUGUAAAAAGCCUCAUGGUCCACUCGAUCCACUAGUUCAGGAGUAUUGGAAGAAGGAGAUCAAAAUUAUGGGCCAAAUUAAGCAUGAGAAUAUUGUGAAGUUUCAUCCGGAGAUCAAGGUCGGCUUCCGUGUUUGUUUCUGGACUAUCUUCCACUCGGGAACCUUGGACAACAGCAUCGGAAGCAGCCUUUUUCCUUUGAAAUAUCUCCACGAACAAAAUCCUCCAAUCGCGCAUCGCGAUCUAAAGUUGGAAAAUGUCCUUGUCCGCGAACGCUGCCCACUUCAUGCCCAGCUUGCGGACUUCGGUUUAGUAAAGGAGGGUUCCCUGAGGACUGGUAAAAUCGGCACAGCCUGCCGGAAGCGGAUGUCCGAGGAAUACCUUGGUGUGAAAAAAAUCAUUGAUCGAGCCAACCAAUACAAAAAUGAAGGUCUAAUGGAGUUCUUAACAAUCCAUAUGUUGGUCCUGAAACCAGAAGAUCGAUCUUCAGCAGACGUCUGUUUGAAAGCCGUCGAACAUCUUAGUGCUCCCUCUCGAGACGGUAGUGUCACCCCUACUCAAGCUUCGCUCGCCGGAAAAGCCCCAUUAACAUCAGAAAAUGCUGUAUCAGACUUGUCUCCCAGUGAGCUGAACGCAUACAUUGCGGCCAACGCUCCUCUUGAAGAAUCGCGAAAGAGACCAGCCCAGGAACGGUCAUCAUCAGGUACCCCCAGGCAGACCAAGCGUCUUGCUCGGACAGACGGUUCCGACAGUCCCGGCCGGCAUACGCAAUAUAAUUCUGUAUUCCCGCCUUUUCCUCCCGGCUGGCAGCAGGAUUCGAAUGACAGCGAUGCCCCCUCGACGAUCACGAAUGCUGCCGGGAACCGAAGCAUUCCGUCAAAUGUGGAUGAUCACCUCGAUGAUCCUGUGCGGGCUAGUGAACGAGCACUCUCAAAUAGCGAAGAGGAACUCCUGCGCCUGGUGCAAGCGGAUUUCCAAUGA